GCACAAAUCAUUCACAUAAAUCGACGUUCGAUUUCCCUGUCCAGAUAACCUAACCAAUGCCUGAUGGUGCGAUGUAUUAUAUUCGGGACGGCCUUAGCAGAACACGAAGUCUUUGCUACCAAAUAUUACCUUCGUGGCCCGUCGACAGUUAAAAGUGGCAGCGGAAAGAACAGUAUUAGGGCCCUUUCCACUAGAGGAGUCCACUUUGGUAUAGGCUUCAGUAGCGUUAACGGGUUGUACCGUGCGCCAGCAAGACGCUUGCUAAGAUGGCGGGGCGUCGACGAAAAUAACGACCAUACGAGGUAUACGCCAGAAAAUUACAAAAAAAUUGGAUAUUGUGUUAUAAUUUACAAACAAGCAUGAAGGGUAUUCCGUAUUACUCAACGUAAUCCGAAUAUUUUUUCAAUCUUUAUAUUGGUGAGGAACUGCAUCGUCUGCACGUGACGUUCGUGAGCUCAUGGAUGAAUACUACCAGAAUAACCGAAGGACGACAAACCAGUAUUAGUUGUACAGCAGUCAACAUUGCUGUAUGAACUUUGAGUUUCAGUUGGCUGCUCAGGAUUCUUGAUGCUGCGUCUGCAUAAACUUGGAGCACUAACGCAACGACGAAACAUAACAAGUCCAAUAUAGUACAGCAUUUACUUCUACAAACGGUUCUGUUUCGACAUGAAGCUUUGGGGAUUCAGUUCUCUUCAGUUGGGCGCGAUUGAAGUCGCACCUGCAAACUCCGAGGCUCAACUGCAGCGGAAACUCGCCAUUUGCAGCUGCUGCGAUUACUGUUGCCCGGUAAUGCGUCUCGGAGACUGUGGCCACGUGUUUUGUCAGCGUUGCCUUGUUGAGCAGGUCGUUGCCGAAGAUAUUUCAGCCACCAUAUGCGCGAUAUGCAGGCGAUUUGUUGCCACUAUGGAGAUUCGUAUUCAGGAGAAGUUUGUAACACAACUUUGUUGCUCGUGUCCAGCGUGCGAAGUCAUAUUGAAAGUCAAGGAACUACGAGAUCAUUUUGUGAAAUGUAUCAGAAAUCCGGAAAGAGUGCAGGGAACGACGACUAAGGUGCUAGCUAUUGCGAAUAAACACCGUAAUUCGAGUGAAGAAAACCACGACAUCCACGAGGCCAACAGUUCUUUCGCUACUUCUCGGCGUGAGUCUGAGGACCUUCUUGAGAAUCGAAUGAAUGUUAUUGAAGAAAAACUGCGUGCUAUGAAUCGGCCCACAUUUCCAAGCUUUUAUGCAGUUCAAUUAAUCUAUAAUUAUAAGACGUCUGAAUCGUGUAAAACGUAUAGAACACCGACGGUGUACACUGCGGGCCUGGGUAUCUAUUUCGCAGCGACUACCCGGAGUAAAAGUCUGUACCUUCGGAUUGCGUUACUCGAAGGAGUUAAUCUAACUCAAAAAAUUUUCUCCGUGUUAAAAGUCACUGUACGACACGGACAAGCAACUGAAGGAUCAGGCCAUACUACUACUUUAAGGAAUUAUGAAGUUGGACAGCUCGCUACGUUAGAUUCGUUCUUCCAAAGCAACGAAAGAGAUAAUGUCAUACUAACUGUAUGUAUCGAGCAAGUAGAACCUUGGCCUUUCUAAAUACGCCUACUGGAAACAAGAUAAAAAUAAACGAUACUUCUAAUAUAGAAA